CGAGUUUGUUAGUUCCCUCGUCAGCUGUUAUUUUAAGGUUAGGUUUAAAAGUUAAAUAAAUAUAAGGAAAAAUCCAAAAAUGAGCAGUUUACUGCGUUUAUUAAUUAAUCCCUUAAAAAGCGCCCACUGCCAGCCGCAAAAUGUGCGACUAUUUAGUCAACGGCCUACUUUAUUACACAGGCUUAAGGAAACGUUGACAUUUACAUCCAAACCAAGAAAUUGUCCAAAACAAUACUGCACCCGGGCCUAUGAUGUAAAUACAAAUGUUGCCAAAGAUGUUAUAGUGUAUAAAUAUGAAAAUCCAAAAUUUUUUAAAAUUAUCAAUAUAUUUGGCAUUUGCCAAUUUACAUUCUGGACAUAUUUAUCACAUUUUGCUUUCACGUCAUUACGAGAUGCACCGGUAGAAGUCAAAGAGGGACAGGAGUUGGCUUGGUAUGAGCGUAUCAAUCUGGGAGAGAAUAAAUAUCGCAAUGGCAUUACCGUUAUGUGUUUCUGCAUUGGAUAUGGUGUCUUAUUUGCUGUGUGGAUGUUUACACUGCGUUCGGUGAGAUUUUUGAUUUUGAGAAAAGGUGGGCAAGAUGUUACCUUUGUGACAUACGGUCCUUUUGGUCACAACCGCAUUAUGACAGUCCCCCUAAAAAAUGUCUCAGCGCAACAACCUCGCGAAAUUGCCAAAGUGCAUUUGCCCCUGAAAGUACGAAAUCGCUCGCUGUUCUACGUUCUUGAUAUGAGGGGAGAAUUUAAGAACGCCCGACUUUACGACUACACGGCCGGUUUGAAUCGACGUUUUUAAAUACU